AUGCGCAAAAUGCCAAUCUCAACAACACCAACGGCAUCCUUCGCUGCUCCAGAGUCCGUGGCAGAAACUCCGAGAGUCCGGGAAGAGCCGUUGCAUCGAUCCCUUCAGAACCCCUCCGAUGCGCUACUCAUACUCGCCCGAGCAGCCGAGGAUGAAGAAGGUGACGGGCCUCCCUUGGACAACCCCGCCGACUCGACUCCCGGCAACGCAUCUUCAGCCCUAGGCUCGAUACUUUCACCGGUUCAACAGACUCGCCAAGAUCCGUUGUUGCCAUUCGGCUCUCCGGUAAAUCCAGCAACUAUCGAGCGAGAUAUUGGGGAGUACCCACCAGUCAAGAAUGGCGCUUUGGAUGCGCCUCUUCUACACCAUCUGUUACAACACUUUGCAACUAAUUACCAUCCCUACUUCCCGAUAGUGCCAUCCAAAGUUCUCCUCCCGCAAUACCUUCACGAGACGAUAAAACACGAGUCUUUUCUCCUCACGGCGGCCCUCGUAGUGGCUUCGCGGGAUCGAUCAGAUUUGGCAGAGCUACACCAAUCAAUAUGGGCCCAUAUGCGACACCUGAUACUCGAUGUUGUGCUAGGAAUGUCCACGAUCCGCAGCGUCGGCUGCGUAGAGGGUCUCUUAUUGCUGGGAGAGUGGACGCCCCUCACCCUCGGACAGAAUGAUGAUGGAGGCGAAGGGGCUGCUUGGUCUAUAGUCGGCUUGGGCGUUCGGCUUGCGUAUCUGCUACGGUUGGAAGAGAGCUCGUUUCGGGCAGACAAAGAGGCUGACCCCGCGAUGCUUAGAAGGCGUCUUGCCUGGACGUUUACCUACCUGUCCGACCGACAGAUAUCUAUCCGCAUGGGCCAGGCUUUCUGGUCUCGUGGCCCUGCAUUGUCAGCUCGGUUCACCGCGGAGGACUUCCCCUCCCUUCAGCCUCAAUAUGCAUCUGGAGACGACUUUGCGUCCCUGCUUCAAGCGCAGGUUGAGCUCACUACUCUCUUCGGCAACGCCCACGACAUCUUAUUUGCUUCGAAGCAACGGACUGCUGAGCUCAUGGUUCGUGGGGACUACACCAAGUACAUUGAUGAUGCCAGUCGCGCUAUCGUUGCCUGGGAUUUGGUUUGGACUCAAUUGACGGCUCCCUCCCACCUCAAGUGCUGUUUAAGAAUGAUGGAAAAGUACCUACGUCUCUACGUGAACGCAUUUGCUUUUCAAGCUGUCCUCUACAGAGCAUCGUUGUCUGGAAUGGACGUGGCGAGAGUCUCGUGUUUUCCCCACUCUGCCAUGGCAAGCCCGGAUGCACGAAUGGUUUAUGAGGCUGUUGAUGCUGCAGAGGCACUGCUCAGGAUUGCAAUUGAAGACAUUGAUCCGGAGAGACACCUGCGAUACAUGCCAGCUCGGUUUUACCUAUACGAGAUCCACUCAGCUGUGUUUCUCUACAAAGCCCAUGCCGCCGGCGCGAUUUCGUCUGGGAAGCACGCCCAGACUGCCAGCCUGAUGCGGCGAUUUGUAGGAGUUCUAGAAACUGCAGCGACCGAUACCGACCACAUUGCGUCCAAGUACGCGAAGCUCCUCAAUGGCUUGUGGUUUCAUAAAGGAGGAGCCAAAGGUGAUGCCACCAGAAGUCGGGGCUCUGAGGAAAGGGUGCAAUCCGAUGAGGUUGAUGAUGUGAACGCCUUCAAUCGAGUCGAUGACGAUGAUGAGAACGACGAUGACACAAGUCAUCUGCCAUCCUUUGACGAGAUUGGUCUCCAGCCAUUGGACUGGAUUGAGUCGGUUGAAGGGCUGUUCUCCAUGCCCGCCGCUUUUCCGUGGGACCAGUCGAUAUACUGA